AUGGCAUGGUUCUUGCAAUCCAUAGGAAUUAACGUGCUAUCCAAAGAAAAGAAAUUACAAGAUUUAACCUCAUCUUUUCUCGCAUUUCACUUCGCUCUAAUAUUUACUACUGCGGGAAUAAUUAUGUACGCGAUAAUGAACAGAAAGCAUUUCGAAGAAGCGAUUAUAAUCGCAGCUUUUUUGGGUUCAAUGAUAAUUAUCGAUAUCGCAAUACCAAUUUUAUUCCAAAACAGAUAUAAACUGAAAGAACUUUUAUUUCGAAUGGAUGAAAAUAUCUUUGUAUAUCCAGACGAAGACGAGAUACACGUGGAUUAUGAACUAACGAUGCAAGAAAAUUACACGAGGAAACUCAUAAUCUUGGUGUUUUGUUACGUGUGUUUUGGAUUCUCUUUGAGUGGAGUUUCUCCUUUUAUCGGCUUAUAUUUAACUGGUAAAUUUAAAACAGUGAUUUACCCAGCUUGGUACCCUUGGAAAGAAGAUAAUUUCGCGAAAGCAUCGAUCACCUAUUGUAUUCAGCUGAUUACCUCUACGUGUGUGUUUUGGAGUUAUUUUCUUUUUCAAAUAUUCGCCAUAUUGGUUGUCAUUGAAUUCGAAAGGCAGUACAAAAGGCUUUGUACGGCGCUUUGCUUAGUCAACGAGCGUACUAAGAGAAUGUUUGUGAAAAAGAUGUUCAAUGAUGGUGCAAAAGUUGACUGGGAUAGUUUGAAUUACAUGAAUUAUAAACAUUCGAAUUUCAAUCGCAACCAGAAGGUGGUUUUCAACGACAUUUACCGUCAGAAAAUAACGUAUUGUAUUUCACAUCAUCAGCAAUUGCUCAGAUCAUUCAAUCUAUUUAAAUCGUGGUACACCGGAUUAUUUUCCGUGGAAUUGGCAACGUCAGUGGUGACAUUUGGAUUAGUAUUUUAUAAUGUGCUACAAAUGACGAAUUACGAAAGAUGUUUCACCAUUAUUGGCUCAAGUUUUAAUGUUAUGACAAAUUUAUUCAGUAGAUGUCUCAUCGGAGAAAUAUUCUCUGAAAUGAAUGAAAAAGUCACUAAUACGAUCAUUCAUGAUGUGAAUUGGUACGAUCAAACGUUGGCGAACCAAAAGUUAUUGCUGAUACUGCAUGUUUUAACAAAACGUCAAUACAAAAUAUUUGCUUUUAAACUUUUCGAAGCUUCGUACUAUACUUUUGCUGGAAUAACCAGAGCUUCGUAUUCUUAUUUCAACAUUAUCAGAAGACAAUAGUAAAAGCGCGUGGUAUAAUUUCAACUUUUAAUAACAUCACACAGAAUUAUCCGGUAGGUAAAUAGGUUACAAUAUAAAAAAUAAAAAGGCUAAUACUAAGUACAUAGAAUACGAUAGAAUAGGUACCUACUACUCAUAGAAGGAAACAAAUCAGUCGUAUUCUUUAAAAAAUUCAAAAAUGUAUACGAGUAAAUACGAAUCAGUAAAUAGCACCUUGUGUAAUCAUUUCAAAGUAAAAAAUAGUAAUGUUGCAUUUUGCGUCCAGCUUAGGCACAUCACACUUGCACCUCUCAUGUCAAAUUUUCUUUACAAAAUUUCACUUAUGUAUUUAAUGCAACUCACUGAGAAUAUGUAUUGUAUGUAGUACAAUGUGAAACAUUUUAUAUGUAUUUUACUGAUAGAUUUGUAAUUAAGUAAGUAGGUAGGUAGGUACAUAACUAGUUACCUAGCUUAUAAAUUUUGAAAAAUAAGGCGUCGAUGUCUUGGAAAAUUGAGCUCGUAAUAUUUUUUGUGGCGUAAUUCAGAGAUUUAAACAACAAAAAAAAAUUAUAAACAAAAGACACACGUUGUGCAGUUUCCGAGGAAAUUAUCUACUUUGAAUUCUAAGAAGCUUUGGUAAACUUUUCUGUGAAGUACAUAAAUGCUAUAUGUCAUGCACUUAGACCCACAUAAACCUAUAAAUUUAUGCUUAAGCAUUA